GACCGUCCCUUCUCUCCCGAUCCGGCGGGAGGGACGGGGGAGGGGCGGGAUUUCCUGCGGGAGGCGCCGAGCCGGCCUUGGAAAAGGAGAAGGAGAAGGGGGUGGGGGGCCGUGGGAGUCACCGUCCUGAGUGCUAGGGACAGAGCAGGGCCAGCCGGACCCCCGGCGGGACGGCCGGGCGAGACCCCUGAGACCUGUCUACCGCGGCUGCCUGAGGCCCCAGGGAAUGCUGGUUGCUCUCUGGGUGGGCAUCCGUGCUGCCCAGCCAAGCCGGGAAGAUUGGCGUGCCCAGUCCCGGCCCAUCCCGGGGCCGUCGGAAGCUGAAAGCUGAAAGCUGAUAUCCGUCCAGAUUUCCACGUAGCCUCCACCCCCUCAGAGACUGGCUUUCCUGCUUGUGGUGGCAGCUCACGGAGCACCUUGAGGGAAUAUCCAUCAGCGCCUGACAAGGAGCCCAUUGCCUGGGACACCAGACGUGCUCCCCGGGGACCAGGAGCUCUCCAGGGGGCUGAGACAUGGCUCCCUGACACCUUGGCUUGGACCAGUUUGCCUGCCUCUGCCCUGGACGCAACCCAGAGCCCGGCCCAGGGGCCAGGAUGGGUCGUGAGCAGGACCUGAUCCUUGCUGUCAAGAACGGAGAUGUAACUGGUGUGCAGAAACUGGUGGCUAAGGUCAAGGCUGCAAAAACAAAGCUCCUGGGCUCCACGAAGAGGCUCAACGUCAACUACCAGGAUGCCGAUGGAUUCUCUGCUCUCCACCAUGCUGCCUUGGGGGGCAGCCUGGAGCUCAUAGCCUUGCUGCUGGAGGCGCAGGCCACCGUUGACAUCAAGGAUAGCAAUGGCAUGCGCCCCCUGCACUACGCAGCCUGGCAGGGCCGGCUGGAGCCCGUGAGGCUGCUGCUGCGGGCCUCCGCAGCCGUCAAUGCCGCCUCGCUGGACGGGCAGAUCCCUCUGCACCUGGCCGCGCAGUACGGACACUACGAAGUGUCAGAAAUGCUCCUCCAGCAUCAGUCCAACCCGUGCCUGGUCAACAAGGCCAAAAAGACACCGCUAGAUCUGGCCUGUGAAUUUGGGAGGCUCAAGGUGGCCCAGCUGCUACUGAAUAGCCACUUGUGUGUGGCGCUGCUGGAGGGUGAGGCCAAGGACCCAUGUGACCCUAACUACACCACACCCCUGCACUUGGCUGCCAAGAAUGGCCACAGAGAAGUCAUCAGGCAGCUCCUGAGAGCCGGGAUUGAGAUCAACCGCCAGACCAAGACAGGCACGGCGCUCCACGAGGCCGCGCUGUAUGGCAAGACUGAGGUGGUACGGCUGCUCCUGGAGGGAGGAGUGGACGUGAACAUCCGGAACACAUACAACCAGACGGCACUGGACAUCGUGAAUCAGUUCACCACCUCCCAGGCCAGCCGGGAAAUUAAGCAGCUGCUGCGAGAGGCCUCAGGGAUCCUAAAGGUGCGAGCGCUCAAGGAUUUCUGGAAUCUUCAUGAUCCUACUGCUCUCAAUGUCCGGGCAGGGGAUAUCAUCACGGUGCUUGAGCAACACCCCGAUGGCCGCUGGAAGGGCCACAUCCACGAGAGCCAAAGGGGCACGGACCGUGUGGGCUACUUUCCCCCAGGCAUCGUCGAGGUGGUCAGUAAGCGAGUGGGUGUCCCUGUGCCCCGCCUCCCCUCUGUGCCCACCCCCCUGCGUCCAGGCUUCUCCCGGACACCGCAGCCUCCUGCCGAAGACCCCCUGCACCCUCUUACCUAUGGCCAGCUCCCUCGGAUGGGCCUUAGUGCAGACAGCCCAGCAGGUGACAGGAAUAGCGUGGGCAGUGAGGGCAGUGUGGGCAGCAUCCGCAGCGCUGGCAGCGGACAGAGUUCUGAGGGCACCAAUGGCCACAGCACUGGCCUUCUGAUUGAGAAUGCCCAGCCACUGCCCUCUGCCGGAGAGGACCAGGUACUGCCAGGACUGCACCCCCUGUCCCUGGCAGACAACCUGAGCCACCGCCCUCUGGCCAACUACCGCUCUGGGGAGCAGAUCUUCACCCAGGACGUGAGGCCAGAACAGCUGCUGGAGGGGAAGGAUGCGCAAGCCAUUCAUAACUGGCUGAGCGAGUUCCAGCUGGAGGGCUACACUGCCCACUUUCUGCAGGCUGGCUAUGACGUGCCAACCAUCAGUCGUAUGACGCCUGAGGACCUGACAGCCAUUGGGGUGACCAAGCCUGGGCACAGGAAGAAGAUUGCCUCGGAGAUCGCUCAGCUCAGUAUCGCUGAGUGGCUGCCCAGCUACAUCCCGACGGACUUGCUGGAGUGGCUGUGUGCGCUGGGGCUGCCACAGUACCACAAACAGCUGGUGAGCAGUGGCUAUGACUCCAUGGGGCUGGUGGCCGACCUCACCUGGGAGGAGCUGCAGGAGAUCGGUGUCAACAAGCUCGGGCAUCAGAAGAAGCUCAUGCUGGGGGUGAAGCGGCUGGCGGAGCUUCGGCGGGGCCUGCUACAGGGGGAGGCCCUAGGUGAAGGCGGGCGCCAGCUGGCCAGGGGUCCAGAGCUGAUGGCCAUCGAGGGGCUGGAGAAUGGGGAGGGUCCAGCUGCGGCUGGCCCACGCCUCCUCACCUUUCAGGGCAGCGAGCUGAGCCCAGAGCUACAGGCAGCCAUGGCAGGGAGUGGCCUUGAGCCGCUCCCCCUGCCGCCUGCCCGCUCCCCCAGCCAGGAGAGCAUCGGGGCACGCUCACGGGGGUCUGGUCACUCACAGGAACAGCCUGCUCCCCAGCUCAGUGGUGGAGACUGCAGCACCCCACAGGAGAGGAACCUUCCAGAGGGCACAGAGCGGCCCCCCAAGCUUUGUUCCCCACUUCCAGGCCAAGGACCUCCCCCUUACGUUUUCAUGUACCCCCAGGGCUCACCCUCCAGCCCGGCCCCAGGGCCACCUCCUGGUGCACCUCGGGCUUUCUCCUACUUGGCCGGACCCCCUGCCACCCUGCCCACCCCUCCGGACCCACCUCGGCCCAAGCGCCGGUCCCACAGCCUGAGCCGCUCAGGCCCCACCGAGGGGGAAGGUGAAGGGGAAGCCGAAGGGCCAGUGGGUAGCACCUUGGGCAGUUAUGCCACCCUUACCCGGCGACCGGGACGCAGCACUCUCACCCGGACCAGUCCUAGCCCGACCCCAACUCGAGGGGCUCCCCGCAGCCAGUCCUUUGCCCUUCGGGCUCGACGCAAAGGCCCCCCACCCCCACCCCCCAAGCGCCUCAGCUCUGUCUCUGGCCCCACCCCGGAGCCACCUCCACUCGAUGGGAGCCCAGGGACCAAGGACGGGGCUGCAGGGCCUCGAAGACGAACACUGAGUGAACCAACUGGCCCCUCUGAGCCCCCUGGCCCACCUGCCCCCGCUGGCCCCGUGUCAGACACAGAGGAGGAGGAGGAGCCAGGCCCUGAGGGGACACCCCCAUCUCGGGGCAGCUCAGGGGAAGGGCUGCCGUUUGCAGAGGAGGGGAACCUGACCAUCAAACAGCGGCCGAAGCCAGCUGGCCCCCCGCCCCGGGAGACGCCUGUGACACCCGGCCUCGAUUUCAACCUCACAGAGUCAGACACUGUCAAACGCAGGCCCAAAUGUCGGGAGAGAGAGCCGCUGCAGACAGCACUGCUGGCCUUCGGCGUGGCCAGUGCCACACCUGGCCCCUCUGUCCCCCUGGCCUCCCAGGCUCCCAGCGAAUCACCUUCCUCUGCUUCUCCCAGUCCUCCCCAGCCCAAGCCCAGCAACCUUCCACCUCAAGGAGCUGUGGCCCCUCAUCCUCCCAGCCCCACAAUGCAGCCCUCCGUGCCCCCCGUCCCCCCCUGCCCUGGGCUGGGUCUGGAAAACUCAGCAGGCAGUCGGUGGAAUGGGGAGACGGAGCCCCCAGCUACCCCCGCUGCCCUCAUCAAGGUGCCCGGCACAGGAACAACCCCGAAGCCUGUGUCCGUGGCCUGUACCCAGCUGGCAUUUUCUGGCCCUAAGCUGGCUCCCCGGCUCGGCCCCCGCCCGGUGCCUCCUCCGAGGCCCGAGAGCACUGGGGCUAUGGGCCCAGGCCGGGCUCAGCAGAGACUGGAACAGACCAGCUCGUCCCUGGCAGCUGCACUGAGGGCUGCGGAGAAGAGCAUUGGCACCGAGGAGCGAGAGGGCGCCCCCGGCACCUCCACCAGACACAUUCUGGAUGACAUCAGCACCAUGUUCGACGCCCUGGCUGACCAGCUGGACGCCAUGCUGGACUGAGCUAGACGUCCUGUGGCCCUUCAGCAGUGCCCACUGCCCUUGCUCCAGCGCAGAAGCAGCCCCUGCCACCCUAGGGACAGGCAGAGGGCUGGUCCAGCUGGAGCGCCCCUCCCUAGCAGGGCUCCUUCCUGCUGCUCCAAGGCAGUGGCUGUCAGCACCACAGUUCUUGUGGGGCAGCCCUGUGGCGGGGGCUGAGGGGACUUAUCAGAACCUGACUAGCUGAGGGGACUCCUCUGCGCCUCAGCAAAGGCCUCCCCAGUAUGUGAUCUGAGCGACAGCCCUGCCCCCUGGACAGGGACCCUGGUAAGAGCUUUCUCCUCAUGAAGGAGGGGGUAGCAGGGCUUCUGGGGAGCUUUCUCUGUGCCCCCCAACCUGUGUCUCAAGUCCCUGUGCCAAGGGAAUGCCUCUUGCCACCCGCUGUGCUGGCCUGGCGCUGAGCGGCUGGAGGAGGCAGUGUGUCCGGCUGGGCCCCUCCCCGCAGGUGUACAUAGGACGUGUAAAUACGCGGCAGGGGCGUGCCCUCGGCGGCAGUGGCUGUACCCAGGCCAGCUCCUGCCCCUGCCUGCCCUCACUGUAGGCAGAGGUGGCAGGGGGAGGAGGCAGUGGGAUUAACAGAUCCCAAAAGUCCAAACUUUUUCAAUUGUAAAUGUUAUUUUUUAAGCAGAGAGAAAUGCAUAUAUUAUAAAUGGAAUUUAUUCUAUCUAUUAACUGCCUGAGAGGCCGCAGUGGGGGGGAGUUCGGACCGCAGCAGGAGUGUUCACUGCCCACCUCAGGGCUGGAAGCCUGACCUGGGUUGGCCCAGGCCUCGGCCCUGUAACCAUUAACCUCUUCCCCCAACUAACACCAAUGAAAGUGUCAUUCCA